AUGGCUUUAGGGCUGUGCUCACCGAUAGUUGUUUCAGCAUCAAGUGUCUUGUUCAUGAAUUCAGUUCAAGAAGAUGAAGAAGAAGGUGUCCAUUUACAAAUAUCCGAUCUCUCACUUGCAAACGGAUGUCUCUAUAUGAAGCUGAUCCUUUUGAACGGUGGCAUAUAUCUGAAGUUAGUUCCAUGCUUUUCUAUGUUGAUAUUGUCUUUAAUAUUGCUGAAACAGAUGGAAGAAGGGAAAGAGAAUACGUCUCGUAGCCGAAGCGACAAACAGUAA